AAGCACAACUCCCAAACCAACCGCAACUCCCAAACCAGCUACAACUCCCGAGCCAGUCGUGACCUCGGGGGCUACCCCAUCUCGUCCACAAUCCACAUCCUUGACACAAUCAUCAACUGUAAUGUCGACAUCGACAUCUAAAACGUCCUCAACAAACACUCAUCUAACAACGUCAUCAUCGUUACCAAGUAGUACAACAAAUAAUGUGACCAAUGAGCCACCUGGUCCAACUUCGGAUAAUGCAACCGGAGAUUUCAGUUGGGAGAAGUAUGGUGUUUUUGUGAUUAUACCAAUCAUCAUAUUGAUAGUCCUGGUGGUCGUCAUUGCAGUUGUUGUGGUGUACAAAAGAAGAAGUCAAAAGUACGUACUAAGUGGUCCCAAGACACCGCCAUUGGACGAUGCUACUGUCGUCAAGUUCGAUAAUCCUGAAUACCUAAGUAUUGAGGAGGAUAUUAGUGAUAAGAUAGACAUCCAUCAAAAUGGCACAAAACCGCGAUUAAAUGGCAGUCUAGAUGUUUGAUCAAAAAGAAAACUGACAAGGAGAACGAUAUGACAAACACUAUAUCAUCAGCAAGUCAAUGUUACAUCAUCAUAGGACAUAUGAAUAUGCCCUUUUAACUUAGCGUUCAUGGAGAAAAGCCAUACGUUCUGGUAGAAAAGCAAAUAACAUAAAUAGGCACUAGGUCGAGAGAAAGAUGAUGCAGCAGUGAUCCUAAAUGUAAAUAAAUACACAGACACAAAGAUUUGUGAAAAUUAAAUAAAAAGACCGCCACUGCCAUCUAUCUGUAGACCUAGGUCCCAUGACAAAGAAGAUGCUAAACUUUCUG